CCUCGCAGACGGGAAGCACUCUGUUCACAACUUCUCCAGCAGCUGUGGAGUGGAUCCCUGCGGCAUCACGCAGUACCAAGGAGCAACAAACGGCCAAAAUGUAAAGGAAAAGCAGCCAAACACCACUUUUUGAAAGUAGGUGUGAAGUGGAGAAGAGUAGCGGUCUUAAAUGAAAUGCGUAAAGUUGCAACAGAGACGCGCAUAAUCUGUGCGUAAAAAGUGAGUCAAAGAAGACAGAAGUAAAACUUUUGCGGUGGAUGAGACGUUUUCUCGGCUGCGAUGGAUGCGCCAGUGGGCCUCUGGGACGUGAUGAGAAGCUGACACUGUGAGUGGUUUUCUCUACGGUGGACGUCUGCUUUCCAGAGUUUGGCGACGGAGCGCAGCGGAGCGCACAGCGGGGCAGCAGAUGCUGUACAGUGACUAAGCCUAACGGCUGGAAAGCUCAUGAAUUGAAUUUGUCUGGACUGCAGACUUUAUGUAAGAAGUAGGACAAGCACAACACCGCCCAGCUAGUUCUCUCCGUCAUGCGUAGAGACGCUCCGUCGUCCAGCAUCUUGUUGUUAUGAUCGCCAUCAACGCGUUAAUUCUUCAAAAAGUUGCAGCUGACUGAUGCCACUACUCCAGCUGGGGUUAGUGGAAAUUUUUGUCGUUUACAUCCUUCUGUCUACCUCUUCUCAACAUGAACGAGAGUGUUGAGUGCGCGGCGGCGGCGGCAGACAGUUGCUGCUCGGACGGGGAGAGCAUCAACCUCAGCGUGCUCAACUGGGAGCAAGUGCAGCGGCUGGACGCCAUCCUCACCGGCUCCAUCCCCAUACAUGGCCGCUGGAGCUUCCCAACUCUGGAGGUGAAGCCGCGGGACAUCGUGAAGGUGGUCCGGAGCCGCAUGGAGGAGAAGCGGAUACAUGUCCGGGAGGUGCGCCUGAACGGCUCCGCGGCCAGCUACGUCCUGCACGAGGACAGCGGGCUCGGGUGGAAAGAUCUAGACUUAAUAUUCUGCGCCGAUCUGAAAGGAGAGAUGGAGUUUCAGAUAGUGAAAGACAUAGUGCUGGACUCUCUACUGGACUUCUUGCCCGAGGGAGUGAAUAAAGAAAAGAUCACACCAGUGACCUUAAAGGAGGCCUAUGUGCAAAAGAUGGUGAAAGUGUGCAAUGACUCGGAUCGCUGGAGUCUCAUCUCUCUCUCCAACAACCGCGGCAAGAACGUGGAACUCAAGUUCGUGGACUCUCUUCGACGGCAGUUUGAGUUCAGCGUGGACUCCUUCCAGAUCCGCCUGGACUCACUGCUCCUAUUCUACGAGUGCUCGGAGCACCCCAUGGCCGCCACAUUCCACCCCACGAUCCUCGGGGAAAGCGUCUAUGGCGACUUCCCCACCGCCCUUGAUCACCUGCGCAAGCGCCUCAUCUGCACCAGGAGCCCCGAGGAGAUCCGAGGUGGGGGUUUGCUGAAGUACUGCCACCUGCUGGUGCGGGGUUUCCGCGCGGCCUCUGACACUGAGAUGAAGCUGCUGCAGCGCUACAUGUGCUCGCGCUUCUUUAUAGACUUUCCUGAUGUGAGCGAACAGAGGCGGAAGCUCGAGUCCUACCUGCAGAACCACUUUGUGGACCUGGAGGACAGGAAGUACGACUAUCUGGCCAUGUUGUACGAGGUGGUGCAGGAGAGCACUGUGUGCCUGAUGGGCCACGAGAGGCGGCAGACCCUCAGCCUCAUCUCGUCGCUGGCGCUGCGGGUCCUGGCCGAGCAGAACGCCAUCCCCAACGCUGCCAACGUCACCUGCUUCUACCAGCCGGCUCCUUAUGUCUCAGACGGCAACUUCAGCAACUAUUACGUAGCGCAGGUUCAGCCUAUCUACCCCUGUCCGCCCUCGCCUCCUCAGCAGUACAUCCCCCCUCAGCACCAUCCAAUGUACGCCACCUGGUUGCCCUGUAACUAAACUUUCUGUACAGUCAUGCACCUUUGUGUAACUGGUGGAACCUCCUUGAAAGGAAUGAAUGCUUUUUUAUCUCUUCCUUGAGAUGGGAAAUUGAGGGAAAUGAGAGAAAGAAGAACACGAGACAAAAUUAGACAGAUAAAAGAAGAGAAUAAAGGAAGGAAGGGAAAUGAGGACAAGGAAGUUGGAUCAAGGCCGCGAGCCAGAGAAAGGCUUUUCUCCGGGGUAGGGUGUCACAGCGGGAGGAGCUGAGCACACGGGGGGACAUGCCAAUAAGAGCGGCUGACCCAUCAGUUUUAAAAGUUCGAAGAUCGAUUUGGUCGACUGUCAAAGUCACACACAGCCUGGAUAUUUUCUUGUCUGUUGUCUUACAGCUCACAGAAACUGAAAUGAACAUGUAUAAUAUCCACAUCCUCUUCAUAUUGACAACCAAAAAAAACAUACACAGCUACAGAGAGUAACGGAGGACACAUGCUGAUAUUGAUUUAUGGUCAACAACUUUCUGACCUUUUGGAUGUGUUUCUAUGUGACUCCUUUUCACAGACAAUGCAAAAUGAGGAACUGGAUACUGUUUACAAAUCCAAAGAUCUACUUUGAUACUCAUCUUUAUCUGAAUUCUGAGACAAAACAACAAAACAAUGCAUGCUUUAUUUCUGUACAGGAAUAAUUUCUUUAAGUGCCUAGAAAGAGCCUAAAGGGAAGAUAUAUUUUUGUGAUUCUGUAGUUGUCUAAUUGAUCUUCAAGGUGAUGAUGAAUGUACCAUGGAACAGAGAGUUUACCUACGCUGAGUAAGAUCUCUUACACUGAGGGAGAUUUUUGACCAACUGUUUUUAAUUUUGACCAUGUUUAGUUGAAGACUCUGCUCUUAUCUGCGGUUCUGCUCGACGAACACACAUCCUGAUUACCAAAGAGGAAGUAGCAACAUAAUCUGAUCAUCUGCUCUUAUCUGCAGUUUUAUUCGAUUGCGAAAUAAGGUGCACAAGUUGAAAACCAAAAAAGCUAUUUAUCAAAGGAAGGAGAUAAUGAAAUCAACUGCUGGGAGAUGAAAUGCUACAUAAAGAUAAAGAUAUUUUACCUAGAAUGCAUUUCUAAAUAUAGCCUCAUCACAUAUAGUCUCACAUGUCCUUGUACACUGUCAAAUGCAAAAAAAUGCAUAUUAACAAACUGAUUUCAAAUGUACAAGCUUACUUAAAGGUCCAGUGUGUAGGAUGUAGUUGUAUCUAUUAGAGAGGUUGCGAGGAGCUGCAUGACUUGAAUCACAAAUUUGAUUCAUGCUGACUCGACAAAAUCAAAAAGAAUUUGCAACUCAGCUUGGACUUUUGACACCAGUAACUCGUGACUUCACUGGGACUUGAGCCAUUUGACUUGAAUAUAAUUGAUACCUUUCACCAAACCAGUUUGGGGAGAAAAAGUUAUAGAUGCUUCCCAUAAUGUGAUGAGCUAAAUGUAGCAUGACAGGACAAAGAGAGAUUAACAAAAAAAUAAAAAAUAUAUUUUUGUGGUACUGUAUAAAGUUGCUAUUAUAUUAUAAAAAAAAUACUCAUCAAAAUGACUUUUGUUUCUGAUUCUUUUCAGUGGUUUUUGGUUGUUUUGUCAAUUUUUAAAAAGCAUUUGUGACUUUAAAUUUAAGGCACUUUAAUGAGAAUGAGGUCACGUGUAUGUAAACGGCUAAUUCUGAGGUCACAAAAAAACAAUAAUUCUUAUUUUCUGGUGAUUAUAAACUCAGCAAAAAAUAGUUGUGAAUAUAAAACCACUUGAAUGCUGCAUACUGGACCUUUAAAGAUGCCCUGUGGAUUUUUCAUGUGAACAAACAAAAGUUAUGUUUAGUUUUGGUCUUAGUCAGCGAAACACAUUGUGUGUAUCCUUUCAUCCUCUAGUUCUGAGUACACUUUCUUUCUCUUAAAACAUUUGCAAAGCCAACUGGAAUAUUUUACAGCAUGUGCUGUUUACAUCCCUGUCUGAUAGCCAGAGGGCCUCUUCAUAAGUACUUUACUGUUUUUCAAACAAAACAGGACCGCAGUGUAAACACAUUGCUUCAUAGCGCUUAGGGCUAGGUAUCGGUACUCGAUGCCUUCAGCAUAUUUACCAAAAUAACCCAGUACAAAGUAGUAUCGAAAUGUCUCCAGUCAAACGCAACAUGCAUUGCAUCUUUUUUUGCUCCAGGAGUUUAAGCCCAGACUGUCCCAACUUCCCGCUGGAUUAGCAGACAUUCCCUCUUUCCCAGGAAAUCAUUAGUUCAGCCUCUGCCCAGCAUGAACCAACACAGUAGAACCGCCUAUCAUCCAACAUCGAGCCAUUACAGGGCAUCAACAAAUGCAUACCAACACUGAAAAGCCUCAAAUCUCUACUUAAUCAGAAUUCAGGUUUUAUUGCCUUGUGCAUUUACAUAUACAAGGAAUUCGACUUAGUGUUUUGGUGCAAAACAAUUAACAUAAAGGAAAAUGGUAAAUUUAAAUACAGUAAGACAUAAGAUAAAUUUAUAGAAGCAAUACAAAAAUAUAAAAUCUAAAAAAAAAUUAAAGAACACAAUAUGUAUGUACAGAAGGUACAAUAGAGGAUUUGUACAGUUGUGCAACUAAAUGUUUGGUAACAUUAUGUGUGUGAUGAUAACAGAUAGCCUUUCAAUGUGUGUAUGCAUCCUGGUGAGCUCACACUCCUGCAGCAGCAGCUAAAGCCCAAAAAGCAUGUGAUGUGGGGAAGUCGAGCAGGGUGUAUUUGACGAAGUUGGUAGUUAAGCGUGGCAAGAUGCCACCAAAACGUCAAAGCGUUUGACUAUACUACACGUCACUCCAUAUCAGUAUCGAAUUAAGUGGUAUUUUGAUUUUUAAACCAUACCCAGCCUUAAUAGCACUAUUAGUGCUCAAAAAGUCCACAGAGCACGUUUUAAGUAUUAAAGAUAAAGUAAAGCAGCAAUGUGUUUGCAAUUCUAAAACAGGGACAACCACUUUUCUCAAAUUACACUGGAAAUGCACAAUCAUGUAAUCAUUUAAUAUUUUCUUCUGUUCAACAUAACAGAUAAAAUAAUCAUCUUUUAAAAUAAUUGGCACACAAUCAUUUUGAUAUGCUGUAUGCACUGUAAAAAUGUGUUUCCUUUCCAUAUGUAAUAGAGAAAAAGAUGUCUGCAAACAGCUGCAGGCUUCAAACAAACUGGUCUGUCAUAUGGGCGGAGGCUGGAUUGUGUACGCAGGGAUGUAGCAGCACAGCAACACUUGAAAGCAAAAGCAUACUACUUUCAGGAAAAUGUGUUGCACAAAGCUCAGUGAAUAUUGGCUGAAGUAUAUUUCAUCUCCUCUUUUAUAUGGAAAAGAGUCAAAGUUUGUGUGGAAAUUUGGGCAGCGUGAGCAGAAACCAACUGUCAAAAUGUUAUUCCUCCUUAGCAUGGAAAAGGACCAAACAACAAGAAAAUGCAAAAAAUGUAGAGAGCAGAUAAAGAUGGAUAUUUGAAGGGCAAUAAGACAAAUUGUGAUAAUCAUGAAAAUAUGAAUUGUUAGCUUUACAAGUGCAAGAGACUCAGCGUAUUCUCUCAAACAUGUCAGAUCUCCUAUUUUUCUAUCAAUCUCUAUUUUUGUACAGUUUGUGUUUGGCUGAUGUAGCAGGCAGAUUCAAAGCUGUGUCGUUGAGUAUUUUUUGUGGCGUGUGCAAAUUUUUGUGUUUCAUUUUUUGCUGAUGAAGAGCAGCACAGGUGGACACGGCGGUGGCUAUGCUGAGAUGCAGAUUUAGCUUUGUGUUCAUUGUACAGUAUGUGUGCUCGGAGCUGUUUCAUAUGGGUUUCUGUUGCUCUAAAGAGAUUGUUUCACUGUUCUACGUGUGUUUUUAACUGCCGUCCUGUUUGGACAUGAAAAAAAUGAUCUGUGUUCAAGUUGACCAACUUGAGAAUUAAAAGCAAAAAAAAAAAA